AUUUCCAGAUACCUUAAGCAGCAAUAGUAUUAUUAUUGGUGAAAUCAAAUCAAGAAGGUAUAAUUAAAGAGGAGCCAUGGUUCUUAUUAAUUAUGAUGAUAAUGAGAAGAAAAAGAACAAGAUCCUCAUCUUUGCUGCAAAUGGGUAUCUUGGUAAAUUCAUGGUGAACGCAAGCCUUUCCAUGGGUCAUCCAACUUAUGUUUAUGUUCGUCCUUCCAAACCAAACGAUUCUUCCAAGCUUCAAGUCCUCAAGGAUCUUCAAUCCUUGGGUGUCACCAUAUUCCAAGGUGAGCUUGAUGAUCAUGAGAAGCUUGUGUCGGCUCUAAAAGAGGUUGAUAUUGUCAUUUCCACUUUGGCCGUUCCACAACAUUUAGAGCAGCUCAAGAUAAUUAGAGCUAUCAAACAAGCCAACAAUAUUAUGAGAUUCAUUCCAUCAGAAUUUGGAAAUGAAGUUGAUAGAGUGAGUGGGCUUCCACCAUUUGAGGCAAUUCUUGAGAACAAGAGGAAGAUAAGAAGGGCAAUUCAGGAAGCAAACAUUCCCUACACUUUUGUCUCCGCAAAUUCAUUUGCUUCUUACUUUGUUGAUUACUUGCUUCAUCCAAAUGACAAAACUACCCUCCCUCACAUUACCCUUUAUGGCACUGGCCAAGCCAAGGUUGUAUUAAAUUAUGAAAAAGAUGUGGCUGCUUACACUCUCAAAGUAGCAACAGAUCCAAGAGCUGAAAAUCGAGUAAUUAUAUAUAGACCCGAAGGAAAUAUAAUUACUCAGUUGGAACUAUUAUCUUUGUGGGAAAAGAAGACUGAUCAAACUUUCAAAAGAGUUCAUGUUCCAGAGGAAGAAAUUAUCAAGCUCACUGAAACACUACCAUUUCCAGAUAAUGUACCGCCAGCAGUUCUACACAAUAUAUUCAUUAAAGGAGACCAAAUGAGCUAUGAAAUUUCCAAAAAUGACCUUGAGGCUUCAAAGUUGUAUCCUGAAUACAAAUACACUUCUAUUGAUGCCUACCUUGAUCUCUGCUUGGUUAAUGCUCCAAAACCUAAAUUGGCCACAUUUGGAUGAGUUAUUAUUUUUGUGCUUUUGAGUUUCAUCACAAUUAAGAAGCUGAUCAAUAAUUACUGUAUCAAUAUAUUAUGUAUUUUAUACAUCAUUUACUAAAUGAUGAGUUACAAUAAAAUAAAUAUAUGAG